AUGCUCGCCGCCGCCCUGUCACACAGCCUGUCGCUGACACCUCACGAGGCCCUGUCGGGUGUCUUCGGCUCAAUCUCGCUGGCCUCGUGGAUCUUUCUCCUGGUCCCCCAGCUGCUCGAAAACUACAAGUCGGGUUCUGCAGAUGGCAUCUCGCUCGCCUUCCUCAUCGUCUGGUUCAUUGGCGAUGUAACCAACCUCGCAGGUGCCCUCUGGGCCGGCCUCGUCCCUACCGUCAUCGCACUUGCCGUAUACUUUUGCUUCGCCGACCUAGUCCUCAUUAGCCAAUGCCUAUACUACAACAUGAAGAACUCGCGUCGCGAGCGCAAGUCGUCGACCCGCUCCACCGACAGCGUCCAGGCGCCUCUGCUCGGCCGCCGCGACAGCAGCAACAUUGGCCUCCCAGGUAGCCACAGGCGCGACUCGGCCGCCAGUCGUAGACGCCGCGCCAGCUCCCUGCCCACCAUCCCCGACGUCACGACCGCCUCGUCGAGCGAAUGGCUCAAGAACGCCCUGAGCAUCUUUGGAGUCUGUGCCGUUGGUGCUGCCGGCUGGGCAAUUGCCUGGCAGAUUGGCGUUUGGGUGCCCCAGCCCACACACGAUGACGCAGGCAAUGCCUCUGACAGUCCUCUCGGUGCCCAAAUCCUUGGCUAUGCCAGUGCAAUCUGCUACCUUGGUGCUCGUAUCCCCCAAAUCAUCAAGAACCAGCGUGAAAAGUCGUGUGAGGGUCUGUCGCUGCUCUUCUUCAUGUUGAGCUUGCUAGGCAAUGCUACCUAUGGUGCAGGAAUCAUCUUCCACUCGCAGGAAAAACAAUACAUCCUCACCAACCUCCCCUGGCUCAUCGGCUCCCUCGGCACAAUGGUCGAAGACGUAACCAUCUUCAUUCAAUUCCGCGUCUUUGGAACCGGCGAAUCCACCUCUGCCCUCGAUGCCUAG